UGUCUUUAAUAUUGCCAUACAGACAGAGAGGCAAAGGGUUAGUCAGAUUUAUGUAUCUGUUUGUGUGCAUAGAUUUACCUGUUGAAUUCCUGUCUGCCAGGAUUUAUGCACCCUCAGACUCUCAUCAUGAAGAGCGAAAAGGUAGCUUUUUGUUAUGCAAUACCAAAAAAGGGGAGGAGAGCGAUCCCCUGUUUCCUGGGCUUCCCCUUUUCUCCUGUACACGGCCAAGGAAGAAGGGCUCGGACUGCCCUGCAACUCAGGUUCGACGGUCGUCUCAUACCCGAGAGGCCACGUUGCUCCCGCUUAGCAACAGUAACUAAGGGCUGCGUAGGAAGAGAAAGGGGUCGAAGAAGAGGGAACGUAGCGCAUGCGCAUACUCAGUGAAGCCCUGAGUCUGGAAAGGGAGAGGUUGACUAUCGGGCCUUUGGGUCAGGGCUGUUUCCUAUCCACCCCUCCUAUGCUCGUGAAAGGAGGAGGGGCGAAUGUAAGUUAUUGGAAUAUCCCAUGCGCCUCUCUGCAGGGGCGAAGUCAGCCGUAGCCUGCAAACUGGGUGUUAGUUGCUAACAAUAUGCCUACCUUGGACCCAGAGCAACUGUUGAUCAGGGAAAUGAGAGAGGAUGAAGCACCCAUUGUUUUGGAACUUCUGAAGGAUGGAUUCAAAGAUACAGAGAACCGCUUGAUACUUUAUGUGCUGACACGGCCACUAGCCUUGUUACUGAUGGCAGUUGUGAGCAGUGGACUGCGCUUCUUCCUGAACUCCUUUGUGGUGGCCCUCGUGCUGCCGGUACUCCUCACUGUAGUGGCUCUGAAACUUCUACUGUGGCGCUCACCAGACCUCAAACACCUGCAUGCCUAUUACAGCACAAGCCAUCGUGGGCUGUGGGUGGCUGUGUAUGAUGAUGAUGAUGUGUGCGGCUGUGUGGCUUUGGAACCUCUUGAUGGAGAGCCACGCACUGCUGAGCUCAAGCGCUUGGCUGUCAGCCGAUGGUACCGGCGCUCUGGUGUGGGUCGGUGCCUCCUUGGCUUUCUGGAGGCACAGGCUCGUGCACAGGGCUUCCGAUUCCUGGUGGCCCAGGUCUCCGUGGUGGCCAAGGCUGCUCUUGGGCUCUUUGAGAGCACUGGCUAUAGUGUGAGUGGUGGGCGCCCAUGGCUGGGUUACACUGUUCAACAAGAGUUCAGCAAAGAGCUUUAGCAACUGUGUCUACUAGUUUGGCACCAAGCUGCUAGGCAUGAGAGCACAUGUUUUUGAAUAAUUUUGUCCUUGAACAAAGAAAACAGAGUUCCAGAAACAGACUCUAGUUAACAAGGCAUCUCCAGGUCCUAAGCAGUAGUUACUGUUAACAUGGUUUCUGCUUAGAAAACAAAGUGUGGCUGCAAAGCAGAUCAGGAUAAAGGAUUGUUUGUGCCUUCUCCCUAGUCUGGCAUGGCAAUCAAACUCUAUGUCAUUUGGGAUUUCUGUCCCAGAUUAUUCACUCACAUUGGGAACAGGAACUGAGGCUCAUUCUCUGUGUCCUCUUUUGGAAUCAGACAAAGUAACUCCUCCAUUUUAUACAAAGGGAACACCAAAUUCUGUCAAUUGGGAAAAUUUGUGCAUGUGUAUGUAUAUAUACACACAGUCGCAGAGGAUGUACGAAAAGUCAGGCCUCAUAGACCAUUUAUUAUAUAAAUUACAUUAAAUGUUCAAAUUGGUUGCCCUUUUCUCCUGAACCCUUCCUUACAGGUAGUCCU